GCGGAAACAACGAGACGAGUCCAGAAAGUUCUAAUCCUUUCCAGGGAGCGGGAAGAAGAUAUUUUCGAUUAGGAAAAAGAAGCGGGAAGGGAAUUAUCUAGAUUAUACUGGAAUUCUUCUUCAGAUACCUAUAAAUACCCGACGUGAUCCAUUUUUCAUAAAACAUCAAUCAAGCUCGUUAUCGUUGUUCAGUAAAGCUCUAGCAAUCAUCAGAAGAAAAUUUCUCACUAGCCAUCUUCAAAAAAUCAUCCAAUUUCAAUCUUCAAUCAAUCAUCAAUAAGAAAAAUGUCGUUGAUUCCAACCUUUUUCGGCAACCGAAGGAGCAGCAGCAGCAGCCCAUUCGGUAUGGACAUAUGGGAUCCAUUCAAGGAUUUUUCCUUCAAUUCCGUCUCCAACGAAACGUCGGCGUUUGUGAACACCCGGGUCGACUGGAAGGAGACUCCGGAGGCUCACGUCUUCAAGGCGGAUCUUCCCGGAAUUAAGAAGGAAGAAGUGAAGGUUGAGAUCGAAGACGGCAACGUCCUUCAGAUCAGCGGGGAGAGGAGCGUGGAGAAAGAAGAUAAGAACGACACGUGGCACCGGAUGGAGCGCAGCAGCGGGAAAUUCCUGAGGAGAUUCCGGCUGCCGGAGGACGCCAGAGUGGAUCAAGUGAAGGCGGCGAUGGAGAACGGGGUGCUCACAAUCACUGUUCCUAAGGAGGAAGUUAAGAAGCCUGAGAUCAAAUCCAUUGAAAUCUCUGGUUAAUUUUGGUAACUAUAUGCUCAAUUGCAGACUUAAUAGUUGAAGCGAUCGAGUGUGUGGUAUUCGGAGUGGCCCUAGGUUUAUGUUAUGUAAAUGUAAUUAGUGGUUUUCAAAAAAAAAUAAAAAAUAAUAUCCGGUAUCAUCCUGGUUGUUUUGCACUUUUGCUGAUGUGAUGCGGACAACAAAUUUGCUCGACUGAUGUAUCUUCUAUUCAAGUUUUUUAUUUGGUACCUUAGAAUGUC